AUGAGUUCUCCAGACACUAAUUCGAAUAGACAUCAAACUAAAAAGAAGACUAAACUUGAUUCUAAUAAAUCUUACUCUUUCUAUGAUUCCUUUGUUACUAGAAAAGACAUCAUUAAAUUGGCCUCUUUGGAAACAUAAAAUCAAUAAAAGGAAUUUCUUAAAACUGUCAUCAUUCGAUUUGAAAUAGGACACAAAAAAGGAGGAGUAUUCAAUUUCCCAGUUUAUGAACUCAUCUCUUUUUAAUAUUAUUAGACUUAAACAAUAUCAAAAGUAAAUUACAUAUCAAUAUAUUACUAGGCUACAGAAGAAUCUUAAUAAUAAUGUAAAUUGGCUGUCUUUUCAGAAUACUUAUUGUAAAUGUAUCAUUAUCUUAAAAAUUAUACAUUUGAAUAAAAAUCAACCUUUAUGUCAUUAGGAUUUUACAUAUUUGUAGAAAGUUUAGAACGUAAAAUCACAUAAAUUGAUUCAUAUGAAAUAUUCAAAAGAUUACUCAGACCUAAGAUAUUAUUGACAAAUACACAUAAUUUACCCAUUUUUACUUAAGAACACAUUAUGGAAUUCAAUAAAUUUAUGACAAAUUAUUUUUACAGGUGAUCAACCUAUCUUUAUUUAGAUAUUAUUCAUUAUAUGAAUUAAGAAUGACCACUUAUCAAGAAGUCAAUAUAUUUAGUAGAUUAAAAGGAGAGAAUCCAGUUUAAAUUGAAAAAGAAGAAGAUAAAGAUUCUAUUUAAGAAGAAGAUGAAUUCAAUUUUAAAGAUGUAGAAGUUCAUCUAGAAGAUGAAAUCUAACCUGAAUAAGAAAUCAAGAAGAUCAAUGAAAAAGAUGAAGAAUAAAUUGAGAAAGUAUUAGAAUAAUACAAAUUAAAUUGGAAUACAAGAUUAGAUGGUUCAUAAUUAUUAUAAGAAGCAGAGAAAAUAUUAACAAAGAAAAAAUGA